AUGUAUACACCCACCACCAAUAUUUUAACAAAAAAUUAUUAUGAUCUCCCACCACAUUGCUUCCAAAAUCACAAUAACGAUCUCUUAUCAUUUCCAAAAAACAUUGAUAUUGAUAUUAUUUGUUCAAUGUCUCUCAUUAAUAGUAAUAGUAAUAACAAUACAACUGUAAAUUUAAAGAAAGAGAAAGAGGAAGAAGAAGUUGAAGAAUUAGAUAAAGAUAAAAGAUAUCUAAAUCUUGAUAAUCAAGAAUAUAUAAAAAAGUUAUAUAAUCUCGACAAUAAGGCGAAACCAACGCCACAACCUGUCACUAGUAGUGGUGCACCGGCAACCGGUGGUAAUCCGGUGAUGGAGGAUCAACUCGAUCGUACCAUGAAAGUGGUGAAGAAUCACAUGGACAGCUUCGGUGGACAGCUGCAAACCAAGAUCGACGAGGGCGUCGACAAGUGUAUGACUUUUGCAAAGAAGGUCGAGCAGCAACAACAACAGCUGGCAAAGCGUCUCAUCACUCAGCAGCAGAUAAAGUCGCCGCAAUCCGCCAGUAAUUUGAGCAAGUUGAUCGGUGGCGGCGCCACUGGACAGGAGGAUGCCGACGGAGCGUCUUCUUUGGAUCUCACCCAAUGGCAACAAAAGAUAAAGAAAGAGAUUAGCGAUCUCACAGAGGAGUCUAUUCAGAAGCUGGAGAACAAGUUUGAAAAGACGUUGGGCAAGGUCGACAAGAUCGAGUUGGACGUCGCCGCCAAGAUUGACCGAAAGACAAUGACGGCGACACUCGAAGAGUCGUUCGUCAAGCGUACCGAAGUCAUUGAGACAAUGAUCAUCAAGAAGAUCGAAGAUAAAGACAAGCGUCGUACUGAGCAACAGACACUCGCUAUUGAAACCAAGUUGGAUGCAGUCCGUGACAAGAUCAAAACAAUCGAAACACAAUGUAUGGAUGUUACAGCUGAUGUUAGAAAAUUGAAAUUGGAAAACAGCAGCAGCAGCGGCAGUGGAGUUGUAACUAGUUCUGCAAGUGUAGGCGGUGGAAAGAUCAAUACUCCAACAUCGUCGCCAACCUUUAACAAGUCAGAGGUGUUGGAUGAAAUCAAAAAGGUGGAACAACAGUUGAAUGAAAAGAUUGUAAAGAACGAACAGAAGAUGCUCACCGAUAUCAAGACUACACAGACAGAGAUUGGCGAGUUGCAACGCAAGAUCAAGUCAACACAGUCCGACGUUGCCGACACACGUGACCAGAUCGAGAAGCAAGCCACCAAGGUGAAGCAAUUCGAAGAUGACCUGAGAAAGAGUGACUCGCUGUUGCUGUUGGUUCAGAACAACCUGAAGAAACACAACGAGAUCUUUGAUCGUGAACGUGAGCGUGAGCAAGAGCGUCAGAAACUACAGGAGGUCGUCAAGCGUUUGGAAGCCAACCAAAAGAAGAUCGAGGCAGAGAUUGCCGAGGGAAAUGAACAAGUCGAACGUGUCCUCAGAGAGGAAGCAGCAGGAAAUCACUCACCAUCGCCAUCACCCUCACCAUCACCAUCGCCAUCCGUCACCAAAUCACCACUCAUCUCCAAACGUUCAUCGGUUGUACUCUCACCAUCCAACACCUCUACAUCGCCGGCAUCAACAUCGGGUGUCACCUCAUCCUCCACAACAUCAUCUACACCACCCAAAACAAACAAUGACAUCUCCAACGAAGACGGUGAAAAUGGUAUUCUCUGGGAGUACGAUCCAUAUAUUGAGAAAUGGAUAAGAUUAUCAAUUAAAUUGAAAAUUGAUAGAAAACCAUUUGCAGAGGGAGCUCUAAGACAAGCAUAUCACACUGUUUCUUUGGGUAUUUUCGAUAGUAAUCUUCCGGCUUUGAGUGCCAAGCAUACAUUCCCAAGUACAGAUUUGAUUGCUGGAAAUAGCAAUGGUAAUGAAGCUGUCAAUCAACUAAAGUCUGGCACCAAGUUUGUUCUAAAGUUGUACAAGAAGGAAGCUGAACAUCAGACCAGUCGUGAGUUGUAUUUCGAGGAUGUAAAGAUGCAGCUUGUUUGCCGUGAUUGGGGACAUCGUUUCAACCAGAAGAAUCCACCAAAGAAGAUUGAAUUCCUGAUGUCUUGGGUGGUCGAGUUGACCGAUCGUACCGGAAGCAAUGGACAACCCGUUCUUUGCAGUAUCGAACCACUGUUGGUCGGUGAAUUCAAAAAGAACAACUCCAACUAUGGUGCCGUUCUCAAUAACCGUUCAACUCCACAGGCAUUCUCACAUUUCACAUAUGAGAACUCGAACAAGCAGAUGAUCAUUGUCGACAUUCAGGGUGUCGACGAUCUCUACACAGAUCCACAGAUUCACACUAACGACGGUAAGGGAUUCGGUCUUGGUAAUCUCGGAAAGACUGGAAUCAACAAGUUCAUUACCACUCACAAGUGCAAUGCAGUGUGUGCACUGCUCGAUUUGGAUGUCAAACUCGGUGGUAGCAGCUUGAGUACAAAGGGACAGUUGAAAGGAACCAUGGUUAUGCCAGACAUCAUCAGUGAGUUGGAUCCAAGCUCAGAGAUGGUGGUGCGUGUCGGUGCACACGAGCUCGAGAAGCCAGACUUUGCUCGCAAGGAGUUGAAGUGCGUCAAUACCGUGCAGUCGUUCCGUGAGACAAUCAAUUGCAUCUACUUCUUUGAGAACGAGCGUUACCUCUGUGCGGGAUACGGUGACGGUGUGCUCAGAGUUUUCGAUAUUGAAAACAACUGGAGCUGUCUACACACUAUCUACGGACAUCGUAAGCCAGUGAGUUCGGUCUGCUCCAACUCACAGUAUCUCUUCACAUCGUCGCCUGAUCAAACCAUCAAGAUUCACACCUUGAAGAACACCAGCAGUGUUCUCCAGACCCUGAUCGGACACACCGGUGAAGUUUCAUGUAUUCGCGCCAACGAGAAGUAUCUAUUCUCUUGCAGCUACGACAAGACCAUCAAGGUCUGGGAUUUGAACACUUUCCGUGAGGUCAAGUCGUUGGAAGGACAACACACCAAGUAUAUCAAGUGUUUGGCAAUGUCUGGACGUUAUCUUUUCUCCGGUGGUAAUGAUACUACCAUCUACGUGUGGGAUACAGAGACGUUGACUUGUUUGUUCUCGAUGCCAGGCCACGAAGAUUGGGUGCUGAGUCUCCACGCUUGCGGUCCAUAUCUCUUCUCGACCUCCAAGGACAACGUCAUUAAGAUUUGGAAUCUCUCUGACUUUAAGUGCAUAGAGACACUCAAGGGUCACUGGAACAGUGUAUCUUCGUGCGUUGUAAAUGAUCGUUACUUGUAUUCUGGUAGUGAGGACAACUCUAUCAAAGUAUGGGAUCUAGAUUCACUCGAAUGUGUAUAUACAAAUCAAAAAUCACAUUCACUCGGUGUACGUUCCAUUGCCUAUCGUAAAAAUCAAUUAAUUUCGACAUCCUACGACGGUUCAAUUAAGAUAUGGGAAUGGGUGACAAGAUAG